UGAGGAGGAGCUGGAGGAGGGGCGGGUCUCGGCCCGGCGGCUGUCACCCUCUGAGGAGGCGGCGGCCCGCGGGGGCUUGGGGGCGGGUGCGGUGCCCAGAGAGGGGCGUCCCGGGCGGCCGCCGCUGCCGCCAGAGGGAGGUGCGGGGAGUGGGAGCGCAGCGGCUGGGCUCGGUUGGACCCUCGGCGCGGGGGAGGCGGGGUCCCGGGCUCGGGAGGCCUUCCCGGACCUGGCGGGGACCGGCCGGUGGGGCCAAGGGUGUGGGACGCUUCUCUCUGACCGCCUGGCAAAUGCCAGAGGACCUUCGGAAGAUUGCCUUGUGAAACUUUCUACUACAAAAAGUUCGUGGGACAAACUUCAUUCAUUUGAUCUCAGCAUAAGGGAAAGAAGAGUCUGCCAGAUACUGAAGGGGUGGGGAUCUCUCCUCCUAAUCUGGGACCCCUGUCAUGGAGGUUUACAGAAUCGUUGGAAUUGUGGAUGAAGAGACUCGGCAUAGCCUUGAGUGCAUCCAGGCAAAUCAAAUCUUUCCCAGGAAGCAGCUGAUCCGGGAGGAUGAGAAUCUUCAGGUUCCUUUCCUUGAACUUCAUGGAGAGAGCACAGAGUAUGUGGGCCGUGCUGAGGAUGCCAUCAUUGCCCUUUCUAAUUACAGACUUCACAUCAAGUUCAAGGAGUCUCUUGUAAAUGUUCCACUACAGCUUAUAGAAAGUGUUGAAUGCCGAGAUAUAUUUCAACUUCAUUUGACUUGCAAAGACUGCAAAGUUGUCAGGUGUCAGUUCUCAACCUUUGAGCAGUGUCAAGAGUGGCUUAAGCGAUUGAACAAUGCAAUCCGACCACCUUCUAAAAUAGAAGAUCUUUUCUCAUUUGCAUACCACGCUUGGUGCAUGGAGGUCUAUGCUAGUGAAAAAGAGCAACAUGGAGACCUGUGCAGACCAGAUACACAGUCCACAUUGAAGUUAUGGACCAUCAGCCACAUGGCAUCUUACUGUACUUCAGUGACUUGGUUUGAGUGUAUGUGGGAGCACGUAACGUCACGGUUUAAAAACGAAGUGGAGCGGAUGGGUUUUGAUAUGAAUAAUGCCUGGAGAAUUUCCAACAUCAAUGAGAAGUACAAGCUAUGUGGUAGCUAUCCACAGGAACUCAUAGUGCCUGCCUGGAUCACUGACAAAGAAUUAGAAAGUGUAGCAAGCUUCAGGUCAUGGAAGCGCAUCCCUGCUGUCAUCUACAGGCACCAGAGCAAUGGAGCAGUCAUUGCCCGCUGUGGACAGCCAGAGGUCAGCUGGUGGGGCUGGCGAAACGCAGAUGAUGAGCACCUCGUUCAGUCAGUAGCCAAAGCUUGUGCCGCCGACUCCCGAUCGAGUGGCAGCAAGCUGUCAACUAGGAACAGUUCUCGAGACUUUCCCAAUGGGGGAGACCUUUCUGAUGUGGAGUUUGAUUCUUCUCUGUCAAAUGCUUCAGGAGCCGAGAGUUUAGUCAUCCAACCACAAAAGCUUUUAAUCUUGGAUGCGCGUUCCUAUGCAGCAGCUGUGGCAAACCGAGCCAAAGGUGGAGGCUGUGAAUGCCCAGAGUAUUACCCGAACUGUGAAGUUGUGUUUAUGGGGAUGGCAAACAUUCAUUCUAUUCGGAGGAGUUUUCAGUCCCUGCGGUUGCUGUGCACACAGAUGCCAGAUCCGGGAAAUUGGCUCUCAGCUCUUGAAAGCACAAAAUGGCUCCAUCACCUGUCUGUGCUUCUGAAAUCAGCACUUCUGGUGGUGCACACUGUGGACCGUGAUCAGCGACCGGUGCUAGUGCACUGUUCCGAUGGCUGGGACCGUACCCCCCAGAUUGUGGCAUUAGCUAAGCUCUUGCUAGAUCCUUAUUACCGAACCAUAGAGGGUUUCCAGGUUCUCGUGGAGAUGGAAUGGCUAGAUUUUGGCCACAAGUUUGCUGACCGGUGUGGUCAUGGGGAGAACUCGGACGAUCUGAAUGAGCGUUGCCCAGUGUUUCUGCAGUGGCUUGACUGUGUCCAUCAGCUUCAGAGGCAAUUUCCUUGCUCUUUUGAGUUCAAUGAAGCAUUCCUUGUGAAACUGGUGCAGCAUACCUAUUCGUGCCUCUUUGGAACAUUCCUGUGCAACAAUGCCAAGGAGAGAGGGGAAAAGCAUACUCAGGAACGGACCUGUUCUGUGUGGUCACUUCUUCGGGCAGGCAACAAGGCUUUCAAAAACCUACUGUAUUCCUCUCAGUCAGAAGCCGUGCUGUACCCAGUGUGCCAUGUGCGUAACCUGAUGCUGUGGAGUGCAGUGUACCUGCCCUGCCUGUCCCCAUCCACCCCUGUGGACGACAGUUGUGCACCAUACCCAGCCCCAGGCACCAGCCCUGAUGAUUCACCCCUGAGCCGGCUACCAAAGACAAGAUCAUUUGACAAUCUGACAACAGCAUGCGACAACACAGUGCCUCUGGCCAGCCGGCGCAGUAGUGACCCGAGCCUGAAUGAGAAAUGGCAGGAGCAGCGACGCUCACUAGAACUGAGCAGCCUGGCAGGUCCCGGGGAGGAAUCUCUGGAUGCUGACAGCCUGGGGAAGCCAGCCAAAGUGCUAGGUGGUGCUGAGCUGUCUGUUGCAGCUGGAGUGGCCGAGGGGCAGAUGGAGAACAUUUUGCAAGAGGCGUCCAAAGAGGAGAGUGGGGUAGAAGAGCCUGCCCAUAGAGGGGACAUUGAGAUGCAAGAGGUCAAAGAGGAGGCACUCUUAGAAAAGGAGAGCAGGAGUAAGACGCCCGAGGGCUCAGCCGUUGUAGUUUAUAAAGAAUCAGAGCUGGAUGACGCUGCUCUGAGGAGUCAUCCAGGCACGAACCUGUCUGUGUUCUCACAGGGUAUUCCUGAACAGCAAGGUGUGCACAGUGUUCUCCCCAGUCCGCUCCAGGAGCCCUGCAGGGGAGAGGGCUCCCAGGAGAUCCCUGUGGAGCAGCCUCAAAUAGGAGAUAUCCCAGAGGAUAGGGAGGAAACAGUUCUUCCAGUCUCAGUAGAUGCAAAAGUUGGCUGUGGUACCUCACAGUCAAGGUCUCUGCUGCCCCUCCAAGUCCCACUUGAGGCCAGAGGACCAAAUGUGGACAGUUCUAUGGACAUGUUAAUGGAAGAUAAGGUGAAGCCAGAAGAUGAGCCCCAAGGCCAUCAUAGACCUUGCGUGGUAAACAGUGGCAGAUUGAGUGACAAGGACAUGCCUGCCCAAGCUAUGGAGCCCAGGGCUUCAGAGAGGAGCCUGGCUGAGAGGCCCCAAGUGGGGUCUGAGGUGUACAGGACGUCCCCUGGCCACACUCGCAGCCCAACACGUUCCCCUUGUGCCUUGCCUUUAGCCGAAUGUAAAGAGGGGAUUGUAUGCAAUGGUGCCCCAGAGACUGAAAACAAGGCCUCAGAGCAGCCCACAGGGCUAAGCACUCCCCAGAAGUACCCCACACCCAAUGGGCACUGCGCCAAUGGUGAGGCUGGUAGGAGCAAGGACUUCCUGAGCCGCCAGCUAUCUGCAGUGAGCUGCAGCUCCACCCACUUACACUCGAGGAACUUGCACCACAAGUGGCUACACAGCUACUCAGGGAGGCCAUCCGUGACCAGCAGCCCUGACCAGCCUUCUCGCAGCCACCUGGAUGAUGAUGGCAUGCCUGUCUACACAGACAGUAUCCAACAGCGCCUGCGUCAGAUUGAGUCGGGCCAUCAACAGGAAGUGGAGACCCUGAAGAAGCAAGUCCAGGAGCUGAAGAGUCGCUUGGAGAGCCAGUACCUGAACAGCUCUCUACGUUUCAAUGGGGACUUUGGGGAUGAAGUGACUUCAAUCCCCGACUCGGAAAGCAAUCUGGAUCAGAACUGUUUGUCUCGCUGCAGCACAGAGAUUUUCUCUGAAGUCAGCUGGGAGCAGGUGGAUAAACAGGACACGGAGAUGACCCGUUGGCUCCCUGACCACCUGGCUGCCCACUGCUAUGCGUGUGACAGCGCCUUCUGGCUUGCCAGCAGGAAGCACCACUGCAGGGACACUGACCGUGUUGAUCAAACGUGGAAUUGUGGGAACGUAUUCUGCUCCAGUUGUUGUAACCAGAAGGUUCCAGUUCCCAGCCAGCAGCUGUUUGAACCCAGUAGAGUGUGCAAGUCUUGCUAUAGCAGCCUGCAUCCUGCGAGCUCCAGCAUUGACCUUGAACUGGAUAAACCCAUUGCUGCCACUUCAAAUUGAAGCUUAAGUGACCUGGGGCAGAGGCCAAGCUACUGUUCCCUGGACAGGCCAACACAGCCUGGGCAGACUGAGAGACCCGUGCACUUUGGAAUGGGGGCAUGGAACCACCUGUGCAGAAUGACAGAAAUUUGGGAUGUACCACUGGAUUGUAGAUUGCUUUUUGUUUUCCUGUUCCCACCCUCCCUUUUCUAUUCUCCCUCUGCCUUCAAAAAAGAAAAAAUCCCUGAUUGUCUUAAUUUUUUUUUUUUAAAUGGAAGGUCAGAGGUUGUCCAGCCCUCUGUAACUGCCAGGCUGCCUGCUGUGAGGCUACGCUGCGGGUUGACUUGGCUCCUUGGGGUGGGAGGAGGCCAGUCAGAGCCAGGAGUGGAGGCCUGAGACAGUAAGCACAGAAGAAAGCCAGUGUUAAUGUUUGUAACCACUCCUCAUGCCAUCGUCAAGUUAGAGCUGGUUGGAAACCUUUGCUGCUGGGGAGGCUAGAGGCAUCGUCCCCAAAAGCAUGCCCCAGGUGCUGUCUCCCAACUGACAGAAGGAUAAAUGGGACUGCUGUUUGGGGGAAGGGACACAGAGUAAAUGAAACCCCAAAGGCCCCCUUUGGAGAAGGAAAGUGUAUGUCCUCUGAGGCAGGGGAGAGGGGCUUUGAAUGGAUGGCCAACCUAGCUCCUUGGCAGCAAGGAACCGACUUCUGUGUUCACCCCCAUGGGAUUCUGUUAUUAAAUUGACCCAGAUUUUACAGGGCUCCCUUCACUUUCAGGGAGUCUGCCUCCCUGGGCUAGGCUGUGUAGCUCUUCCCACCCUUGGGCAUAAGAUGCAGACUGGCCAAAGUGCAGUGUCCUGUUGUGGCCAAGCCCAAAGCCUGCCCUGAACCCAGGCAUACCUAGAAGCCCUUUCCAGAGCCUGGUCUCCCAAACAAUCUCUCUUCCUCAGCCAGCACGGGAAAUCCAGACUCAGGGUUCCAAAAAUUCCCAUUCCCAAACCAAACAAAUCAUGGAUUUCCCCUGUAAGGGGUAGAACCAGCCUUUUAGAGUGCAAGUAUCGGGAAACGAGAGCAUGUCCUCAUUAUAAUCAGCCUUCCUCCUCCCUCCCACCUUGGGGCAGCAGUAAGGGCCCGGCCAGUGCCCUGGCCUACUCCUGUGGUACCUGAGUGGGCACUGUUUGGCUGCUGGCCAGCAGUGAGGGGCCACGUGGUGAAUCUGCAGGGUUCCUUAGAGAAUGACAUGGCCUAUAGGAGAUUCAGGGCGCCUCUCUGCUGUAAGCUUUGAUGUGGUCCAAAAAAGAGCUUCAGUCAAGACUGUUUGGGGUGGAGGUAGAUAUGGGGAGGGUGGAGAGGAGUUUAGGUUUGUGUGUUGUAACCUUGGGGUCCAUGUUUUGUGCCUGCCCUUCCUCUCAGGAAGGGCCAUGCUUGGCUCUGCUCAAGCUACUGACUGAUAACAGUAUGAAUUAUGGUGAGGGGCAGGGGUCAGGUCAGGAAGCCCAAAGUUGUGAUCCUGCCCUAUACCCCCCUUCCUGUUUGAUAGCAGUUUCCUGGUCUCAGGAAGGUGGCUCCUGUUUGUGCCUGGGAGUAGUUAACACAUGGCCCAGAAGCCUUCCCUAGAGCUGUCAGUCCAGGCAAAAUCAAGAGCAACUGAGCAUGUUUCUGACUUCCCAGCACAGCACGUUCCUUGGAGUUUGAGUUUAGUGAAACAGGGUAUAGCUCUUCUCCAUACUCUGUGUGGUCUGGCUGUGCAGGUAGGGAGAAGUUGGUCUAAUUAAAGAUUGUGCAGUUCCUAGUGACAGGUGCCAAGAGGUUACGAUACGGGUUUCUUGGUGUGAUGUACAGUGUGAAUAAGUGCUUGCAGCUCUUAGUCCUUUUUUGAUCAAUGAAGCACUUUUUUAUUAAUAUUUUUCUUUGUAUGUAAACGAGGAACCGUAACUCUCCGUAGCUGUACAUAUAACCUUUUCUCCUAAAGAGGAGUCAGUCAGUGCUCCUAUAUUUUUCAUUUUUUGUCAAAGCAAGAAUACUUUAGAACUGUUAAAUAUAUAAAUAAAGUGAAUAAAGUUUA